AUGAGCGGUACAAACGCAUUUCCAAAUGCAGUUCCCGACCAUUCGAAACUCACGAUGGACACCGCAUAUGGAAAAAUAGAUAUUUCACACCUCGCUGCCUCCUCCGGCACCAACACCGGUCUCAUUUUUCUAAGUUCAAAAGUCACCUCAAAUAUCCUUUUGCGUCCGGUUUCUCGGUGGCUUCCCGGUUACCCAGUCUCAAGCCACUUCCUAAUUAUUUCCAUCAACGUCCGCACCUGUCCUAACCCGGUUCAAAUGUCUUAUCCAAUAGCCUUGUGCAAACAAUUUCGCGGUUACACAUUAUCCGAGCAAGUGCACAAUUCUUCACAUUGA